AGGGAUUAUGGUUCGUCCCAUGGAGGCGGAAGACGGCGUGGUGGCGGAGAUCGUUACAGGGAUCGCGCACCGAAACCUCUUCCAAAGGAACCUCCAUUUACUGCCUUCGUCGGUGGACUUCCGCCGGAUACAGUCCAGGGAGAUCUUGAUAUUAUCUUCCAAGACAUCAAGGUAUGUUUUCAUCACGAUCAAAGGCACUUCAAAUACCGCCAGCUUACGAUUUCGCACAUGGCUUGGUUUAUCAUUAGGAAAGCUGCAUGGCAGUGUACAUCGACCACUUCGGGAAAGCUUUGUGGUAUUCUGUUUCUUCACGUCGCCUCCGGUGCAAAAGAUCUUAGGGAUCAGUGUGAAUGGGCCCUGCGCUUUAAGGCAGAAAAAUCAACGGUGUAGCUGGCUUUAGCGAGAAAUUCGAUCUUGAAACUAUAAAUUUCUUAACCUAAUUCUAUUUUUGAGGACUUACAAGUGGUUGCGCGCUUGUCUCCUAGUGAGAUUCCCAUUAUUCUGUUUAUGCACCAGGCCCAACAUCAUACACCUAAAAGUGUUAUUAUUUGGUCAAACAUUAGCUUUUAUCGAAGCAUUCACGUAAUUAAUGUGUUAUUUAGUAUGGUCUGAAUUGUCGGUAAGGUUUCUUGAUCAAUGGUGCAGCUGUUUAACUUUAAAUGAGAAUGGAGGAGGGGGUGCGGGGGUGAGGGGGGGGGGGUUUGAAAGUUAGGGAAUGGGUAGGAGGCUAAUUGGAUGUAAAUCAGGGGGAGAAGUAAUGAACUAAUUGUUUUCAAUUUUAUGGUGAAACCAGAGGAAGAAAUAGCUUGGUGGCCCAGCUGAAAAUUCAAGUGAUCUCAUGUGUUCAACGUCUUCUUUGUCAAUGUCUUAAAAUCCAUCUUGGAUUACCAGUUUGGUUGACUGAAUAACCCAUUAAAUAAUCUAUCAUCUCUGUAAAUUUGAACUGACUUGGCAAAAUUGAGAGAAUUUACUGUCCAGUUUUUUUUUGUCAUCGUCAUUUUUGUACUGUUCAUGCUUUGGAACAUGAGAUAAAAGUCUGAAUGCUCCUGCUUACCAUUAACAGACAGCAAUGGCAACACCAGACUUCCUGUUCAUUCAGCUUUGUGUGUUCUACGGCAGUUUAAUGUUUUAGUCUGAAGCUAAUAGUAACAUAUUUUGUGAUCAGGACAACAUCAGAAGCAUCCGUCUCGUAAGAGAUAAAGAAACAGACAAAUUCAAAGGUAAUGAAACAUUUUUGGCAACAUACAAAUUAUCAUCAUCAUCAUAAUUAUGUAUUACUAUCAUAAUUAUCAUAAUUAUCAUAAUUAUGUAUUACUAUCAUAAUUAUCAUAAUUAUCAUAAUUAUGUAUUACUAUCAUAAUUAUCAUAAUUAUGUAUUACUAUUACAGUUACUGUUGCCUUUGCCAUUACUGUAUUACCAUGACCAUUAUCAUCAUCAGUACAGUCAAAUCUUUAUUAAUACAGCAUCUGCUUAAUAUGGCAUUGUGUCAAGCAGUUACCCUGUAUUAAGCAGUCAGUUUCCAAAGUCCAGAAUUUGUUUCCCCUUAACUCCCAAGAUCUCAUCAGUAAUUCUCCAUACUGUCUACCAUACAGUUCUUGUGAUGUUAGUUUAGAGAAUUUGGUAUUGGAUCAACUAAUCAUCCCCUAAUUAAGAUUUGUCUUUAUUCUCAUCACUCAUCUGCUUGAUUUUGUAUUGAUAUUGUAAGGAGAGAUUCUGUCUUGGUCACUCUUGGGAGUUAAAGGGUUAAUCACUGCAAUUUUCACCUCUAUUAGACAGUCUACUAAGCAGUCGCAGUCAGCUCAGGUGAAUCCCAACAGCCUGUUUGUAAUGUCUUGCAUUUGUUUUGAACAGUCACUUAAAGCAGAACUACUCAAAUAAAACUAAGAAUAAUCUUUCAAAUAAUACCUAUUCCAUGUUUAUCUCCCAAAAUCAAAGUUGAUAGUAUAUUUGAGCAAUUUUUUUAUGCACGAAAAGGUCAACUAUGGCAUACCAUGGCGUUUUUAUUGUUUCUUAUAUUAUUCCUAUUCUUUCAAACCUAUAUUAACCCUUCAAGUCCCACUUAUGACCAAGACAGAAUUUCUCCUUACACUAUCAAUAUAAUAUCAAGCAGACAAGUAAUGAGAAUAAAGAAAAUAUCAAUUAGGGAAUUAUUGGUUGAUCCAAUUCCAAAUUCUCCAAACUAACAUCACAUAAAUUAUAUGGUGGACAUUAAGGAGAAUUUCUAAUGAAAUCUUGGGAGUUAAAGGGUUAAACAGUCUACCUGUACAAAGUGGUCACCCCGCUAUUCCCCGUUAAUCCUUUACACCCUAACAUCAGUAUGCAUAUUCUCCAUACUGUUCUCUAUACAUUUCCUAAUGUGCUGACAAGGAGAAUUUGUUUAACAAGCAAGAGGUUCUUCAGUUGGUGAUCAUUUCCUUUAUUCUCAUGACCUUAAUGUUUGAUUCAGGGUGACAUUGAAAGGAGAAAUUAGAUGCUGGUCACUCUUAGGGAUUAAGGGGUUAAUACAGGUUUGACUGUAACAUUUUCAUUGUCACUAUCAUUAAUCAUAAUCAGUUAAUACUUAUCACUAUUAUCCCUUUCAUCGUCAUUAUUAUUAUUAUAACAACUACAAUUGUAUUGUUACCAGGCUUUUGUUAUGUUGAGUUUGAAGACCUGAGCUCACUGGAGGAAGCACUGACUUAUGAUGGGGCUGUAAGUAACCAAUUUUUUUUUUUCCAGCAGGCUAUGCUUACGUCCCUGUCUAGUACUACUAAAAGUACCUAUUAUCAAAAAGCACAACAACUUGUUAGUAACAAAUUGGCCCUAUGAGAUUAUGACAUUUAGAAGUCAAGACAAUAAUUAAGAUCAAAAUCAACUAAUAACAGCAUGCAAGAACACACCAAUAACAGCAAACUAAGGUGCUAUAAAUAGCAACAAGUAAACUUUCCACCUCGUUGCCUGGCAGACACUAGCAAUAUAGCGGUCAAAUGUCGUGAUCAACACUAUUGAUAGCCUGACUCUUCAUCGCAAGGCAAGCGAUUGAAUUUUCAUUUAUAUAAAAAAACCAAACAAAAAACAACAUUUUCUAUAGCAAAUGCCAAAAACGAAAGUCCUAUUUUUUUGGCAUCAUUGUUUUAUGGAAUUGUUAGCUAGCUUAUAGAGACAGUCACUGAAACCAGGCAUUCCAGGGCUUCUUGCUCCCUAAUUUUGGUGUGAUCUAUUUCUGUUGACUAGAGAAUUGGAGAGCAUGGAAAAACAUUGAGAGUAGAUGUUGCUGAGGGACGUCGAGAUGGAGGCCGUGGUGGUGGAAGAGGUGGACAAAGAGGAGGCAGAGGUUAGGGAGUCUUCAUCUUAACCCCUUACACCCUUACAUUAGUAUGCAUAUUCUCCAUACUGAUCUCUAUUUAUUUCUUAUGGUGCUGACAAGGAGAAUUUGUUUAACAAUCAAGAGUUUCCUAAGUUGUUGAUCAUUUCCUUUAUUCUUGUGACAUUAAUGUGUGAUUUAGGGGUGCUAUCUAUGGAGAAAUUAAAUGCUGGUCAUUCUUAGAGGUUAAAGAGUUGAUGCUCACUAUUCAUUUAUCUUUAUGCCAUUCAAAUAAAUCUAUUUCAUACUUUUUUAGGCGGCUAUGAUGACAGACGUGGAAGAUAUGGGGGCGAUGGUAAGUAGUUUUACUUUGUUUUGGGAUCCAUAGGGAGAAGGAAAAAAAUUGCUAACUAGAUGUGCAGCUUAAGUUGCCAAUGUGAUCAAAAUGAAACCUCUCUCUUACAACAACACCAGCAAAUGGGGAAUAGAAACAGAAAAACAUUGUUUAUGACGGCAUGUUGUCUUGAUUCUCAGUAGAGUGUUUGGGCUCAAAAUAAAAAGCAAUUUGCACAUUUGUAUACUGGAAGAGGAAUUACCAGAAAUCAGAUCUGAGGAUUGAAACAAUGGUUAAAUCCUUUCACUCCUAAGAUCUCAUUAGUAAUUCUCCAUACUUGCUGUCAUGAAAUUCUUAUAGUGCUAGUUCAGUAAGGAGAAAUUCUGUCUUGGUCACUCAUGGGAGUUCAAAGUUAAUCAAGUUAACCCUUUAACUCCCAAGAUCUCACUAGUAAUUCUCCUUACUGUUUACCAUUCAGUUCUUGUGAUGUUAGUUUUGAGAAUUUGGUAUUGGAUCAACUUAUCCCCUAAUUGAUGUUUUUCUUUAUUUUCCUCAUUUGUCUACUUGAUAUUGUACUGAUAUUGUGAGGAGAAAUUCUGUCUUGGUCACUCACGGGAGUCAAAAGUUAAUAAAGUUAAGGGAAUUAGAUGGAAAAUGUAAACUUAAGUUCCACCCAUCCAGACCAAGAUUUUAACUUUACUUGGGUUAUUCUUUGUAGGAGGUGGUGGAAACUGGGGUAACAAGGGAGGAAGUCACGGAGGUUGGAGUGGAGGAGGAGGAGGAGGAGGAGGCAGUUGGGGUGGAAGAGAAGAAGGCGGUUGGGGUGGCCGAGAUGAUGGUGGCUGGGGAGGUAGGGAUGAAGGAGGAAGAAGAGGGGGAAGAUAUGGGGGAGGAGGUGGCAGAGGCGGAGGUGGAGGCGGUGGCUAUGGAGACAGAAGAGGCCCUCCUAGACAAGAAAAUUUUCGUGAACCAACAGCUGGUGAGAAUAAUUACAAGUUCCUUUUAAUUUGA